AUGAACCAUACGGCGUCAAAUUCGGAAAUAUUUUCCGUCCAUGAAUUCGGUUGGACAGUGAAUAAUGCCAUCCAGAGUACCACUGCACCAAAUUCCCAAACACAAGACAGUGUUCGUAGUUUUGGUUGCGCGGUGGAGAAUGCAAUAAGGAGUGCGGCUGGGCCAAAUCCCCCUCCUCUGCACAGUUUCGCUUCGGCGGUGGAUGAAGCCAUCUGCAGCAGAGUUGUUGCCGAAGCCGAAGUUGAAGGUGAAACCGAAGAGUCGCCCAACAGAGAGGGCUACGCGGGAUCAUGGCAGAAGGGCUACAUGUUAGGGAAAGGCUCCUUCGGCACAGUCUACGAAGCAUUUACAGAUGAUGGAAACUUUUUUGCUGUAAAGGAGGUGUCCUUGUUGGAUCAUAGAAGCGAGGGCAAACAGAGCAUUUUCCAGCUUCGGCAGGAAAUAUCUCUUUUGAGUCAGUUCCGGCAUGACAACAUAGUUCAAUAUCUAGGCACAGAGAAGGAUAAUGAUAAGCUGUAUAUCUUCCUCGAGAUUGUAACAAAAGGAUCAUUGGCAGUUCUCUAUCAAAAGUAUCAAUUAAUGGACUCUCAAGUUUCUGCAUAUACAAGGCAAAUUUUAAGCGGCUUGAAGUAUCUUCAUGAUCGUAAUGUGGUUCACAGGGACAUCAAGUGUGCCAAUAUAUUGGUUGAUGUAACCGGGUCCAUCAAGCUUGCAGAUUUUGGUUUGGCAAAGAUUACCAAGUUAAAUGAUGUUAAAUCAAUUGGAGGCUCCCUGAACUGGAUGGCCCCUGAGGUUGUUAAGUUGAGGAGUUGUGGAUAUGGGCUAGCAGCAGAUAUAUGGAGCUUAGGAUGCACAGUAUUAGAGAUGUUGACACGACAACCUCCUUACUACCAUUUGGAAGAAAUGCAAGUGAUAUUUAAAAUCGGCCGUGGUGAACCUCCACCUGUUCCGGCGUCGCUGUCAACAAAUGCCCGAGAUUUCAUUCUUGAAUGCUUACAAGCUGACCCGAACAAACGCCCAACUGUUUCUCAACUAUUGGACCAUCCAUUUGUAAACCUUUGCACCACUGUUAAAUAUGGAGACCAUAGUGAAGAUGUAUUUUCACAUUGAAGAUACAUAUUUAGAUAUAUUCUUUCUAUAAGUAU